UUAAUUUGUAACUAAGAAGACUCCUUGCUCGCUAAAAAUAUGUAAUAAGGAAAGUUAAAAAAAUCCUUUGACCUUCCUGUAUUUGUACUUUGAAUAGUCUGCGUCCAGACGCAAUGACCAGUCAUUAAGUAGAAAUUCUUAAUUAUCGCGAUAAUUGUAUUCAUUCAUUCAUGCAUUCCUUUGACAACCCUAAUGGUAUUGAAAGCAUAAUUCUAUCGAGCAUAACACGUAAACUUGCUAAACACUGAUCUUACCUCCAUUGUUAAUGCUGUCAUUGACUAGAUAGAGUUCAUCAUUGAGCUGAGAGCUAUUAAUGGUCUCAGUCAUAAUGUGGGCUCAAGCGAUUCCGUACUUGAUUGUUGUACAUGUGGUGAUGGGAGAUCAGGAAAUGCCUGGGUUCGUGAGAGAAAUGAGCGAGGGUGUAGAGAGUAGAGGAUUCAAGAUCAUUUACGGCGAUGAAGAUAUGACCAUCAUCAACCAAGUGGUCAGUGAAGCCGAAAAAGGCAAUGCUUUUAAGAAGAGAGUACAUUUAAAUGAGGCUAUUAAGCCCUUACCAGCGCAAGAUGUCAAGUGCUUGAUGUCUGUGGAUCGGUACUGUAGCAAGGAGAUGGGACUGAUGAAAAGUGUAUUGAUACAAGCUGUAAAAGAUGACUGCGUGAAAUGUUCAGUACAGCAGAAGGAUCAAGCUGGGAAAGUGAUUGCGUCCAUGAUGGCUCAUGAUCCCGUCGCUUGGAAAGUUUUCCUCACCAGAUCUGCACUUCAAAUAAAACCAAGAGAACAACCUAAAAAACGUGAAGAGAUUCGUUUGAAAGAUGUAGGUGAACCAGAAGAUGUAAUACGGUCACCCAGCAAUAGUUACAUUAUGCCUGGAGUGCAGGUUAGAGUUAAACGAUAUGUUGCCGAAAAGAUACCAUAAAUAGUUAUUAAUAUAGUCAAUAGACUAAGUACUCAUUUAAAUAUGUAUUUAGUGGUAUUUUAUGGAAGUAAACCAUGUCAAUUGAAGGUUUUUGUUUUAUUUGGAGUUUAUACUAACUUGCUUGAAACUGUUAUGUCUUCAACAGAAGACAAAAUAAAAAUUAUCAGAAAAAUAGUGGAGAUGUGCAAGCUGUUUAUGAAGAAAGAGGUAGUUUUUCACAGGAGUGUACAAUACAAUGUGAUGAAGAUAAACAUAACAAAAUAAAUUAAAAAGAACAGUGUGAAGAAGAUUCAAUUCAUAUCAAUUCUAAAUCUUUUUUAUCAGUGGAUCAAUUUUUUAAGCGAAUGAUAAAGAUUCAGACUUCAGACUAAUUGAGAGACAAAGAGCUGUGCUCAAAAUUUAUUUAGGAAUACUAGCGGCAUCCAUAUUAAAAUUAUUAUCAUCUAAUCCUUUGUGAGUUGCUGGUCCAUCGUCGUCAGGUGGUUUCUGUCAGAUUUAUUCUGUAGAAACAUUAUUUGUAUCUUCACUGGAAUUUGUGACAUUUGAUGCCUUCUCAUCUUUGGCUUCCUUGCUAGCUAAAUAUUUAGCUCUAUAACUUCCAUCCGAUUUGUAU